AUGUCCGACGGUCUCGACGCGGACUAUGUCGACGAGGCCCAUAUCCAGGCCUUCGCCCAAGCCCUCCAGACCGACGACCUGACUAUUGACACGAGCAUCGCCUCUCCUACCGCCUACCCAAGCACUCCCGUUCCACAGAGCCCCCGCGUACGCAAGGUCUCCGCUCUCUCCGACUUCGCCCCAGUCAACAUCAAAAUCAAGAGACGCAAGCACAGGAAGCCCAAUACGCCCAGCAAGAGGCAAGAUUGGCUCUACCUCAUCGUUCGGUGGCCGCUGCUGGGCUUCCUCUUCUCAAUCAUUGCCGCCCAAUUCGGUUUCUACAUUCUGAUUCGUCAGUUGGUCAAUACCAAGGAAUGGUUAUCAGCAUGGCGAGGAAGGAAAGGGGUACUUCGCAAACGACUCCGAGGGGCUACGACUUAUCAGGAGUGGAAAGAUGCUGCCGUCACCCUCGAUGAGUACAUGGAUUUUGACGAAUGGAAAAGGGUAGACGAGGAUCCGUUCUAUGAUUGGAAACUUGUCCGUAAGGUCAGCCGCUCGCUCAAGAUGUUGAGACAAAAGAAGGACACCCGAGGCAUACUUGGUGUUCUGGAGACAUGCAUUAGGAACAACUUUGCCGGCGUCGAAUCUCCCCGUGAAACAUAUCUUGGCACGAAAGAUUUAGUUGAAUCAUACUAUGAUGAACUCGAGAAGGCUCUAAUAUACAUUCGAGAGACUCCCGAGCUAUCAAAUGAGGAGAAGAAAAGGUUCUUCAAGAGCACAAACACCAACCUAGGGACAUCAGCUUUGUGUCUAUCAGGGGGUGCUUCUUUUGGCUAUUAUCACACUGGAGUCGUCAGAGCAUUCCUGGACGCCAACCUGUUGCCCCGUGUUAUUGCAGGCACAUCUGCAGGAGGACUCAUAGCUGCUCUCGUCUGUACCAGAACGGAUAGCGAGCUUCGGGAGCUCCUAGUUCCUGGACUGGCGAACAGGCUGACUGCUUGCGAGGAACCCCUCAGCGCUUGGAUUAGGCGAUUCUGGAAGACAGGUGCUCGGUUUGAUAGCAUCAUGUGGGCGCGCAAGUGUACCUUUUUUACGCGAGGCUCUAUGACCUUCCGCGAGGCUUACCUGAGGACUGGCCGCAUCCUGAAUAUAUCCGUAAUCCCAGCAGAUCGGCAUUCUCCGACGAAACUUCUGAACUAUGUAACCGCACCCGACACGAUAAUCUGGAGUGCUUUGUUGGCGUCUGCGGCGGUUCCGGGUAUUCUGAACCCCGUCGUACUGAUGCAGAAACUUCCAGACGGCAGUAUUGUGCCUUGGAACUGGGGAAGCAAGUUCAAGGACGGAUCUCUAAGAGUUGACAUACCAGUCCAAGCUCUCAACCUGUACUUCAACGUAACCCAUCCAGUGGUUUCGCAGGUCAACCCUCACGUACAUUUAUUCUUCUUCGCUCCCCGAGGCUCAGCAGGGAAGCCCGUAGCCCACAGAAAAGGGAAAGGAUGGAGAGGAAACUUCAUUCUAUCCGCAGCUGAGCAAUGGCUAAAGCUCGAAUUGACGAAGAAUUUUAAGGUUAUACGGGACCUGGAACUCCUCCCUCAGCUCCUUGGACAAGACUGGUCGAGCGUGUUCCUCCAACGCUUUGAGGGUGCUGUCACGAUAUGGCCCAGGACCCGCAUUUUGGAUUGGAUGCAUAUACUGACCGAUCCUGACCCCGCAGAGCUUGAGCGGAUGAUGCGGGUAGGGCAAGUUGUAGCGUGGCCUAAGCUACACAUGAUUCAAAAUCGCUUUCGCAUCGAGAAGCAGAUUCUCCUUGGGCGGCAAUCAACGCGCAAGCUUGGUGGCAGUGUCACACGAACGGUUCCGGCUGGCAACGCUCUUGACUUAAGUACAGGCAACGUGCCGGAACCAGUUACCGGAACUCGCCUUCCAACCUUUGCUGAUGAUCCUCCGUUGCCUGCGGAUUCAGACAUGGAGACGGCAUUCGCAGCCAACGGAACUGCAUGGUAUUUCCGUCGAGGUAAGCCGGAAGCCAACCAUGCUGCCACCAUUUCUGGGCCGUCUGGCUCGCACAAGUCGCACGAGCGGCUGUUCACAAGCCUCGAUGAUCCUCUUCGAUCACCUCGCUUGCGACGCAAGUGGGUUCGUGACUUACUGGACCAAAGGGGCACAAGCGACGAUCGAUCAGAAACGAACGGUCACGAUACCAAGCAAGAUAUGCCUGAGGGUCGAUCGCAGCUCCACAGGAGUCGUACUACAUCUUCUCCGUCUCUGUUUGCUCGCCUACGUCCUCGACCCCUAAGCUCACUCUCGUCCUUGUACGGCUCCCGAGGGCAAGAGAGGAGAUCAGGGAAAGAACAAACACCUGAUUACGAAUCAAGCAGUGACAGCGACUCUGAUGAAUUAUGGAACGACGACGAAGAAACGCAGCGACAGUUCACCACGAACUUUAAUGGCGCUGCUAGGUAUAGUCCCAUGCUUGAUUUGGACGGGUCGUCAAAUGAGCCAGAUGAGCACGAGCCUCCCAAUGCGUAG